AUGCUUGUUAAUUUUUGUACAGCUCAAUUUAAACCUAUUCUCGAAUGUUCUCAAAUGCAGUUAGAAGGUUAUGAUGCUCAAAAUCUUGCCAAAGAUUUUUCACAAAACAAUGGUUUUUUAGCUGAUUCAUUACAACGUCCACCUGUUGAUAUUUAUGUUCGAUUUCCUUUCAAUAUAAAUAUAAAACAUAUUUAUCUUGGUCCAUCAAUUGGACAUCAUCGUUCAACAUUGAUUGAAUUAAAUGUUAGUCACCAAAGAAUUGAUGAAAAAACAUCUUGGUUAGAUAAUCCAUUAAAUAAAUCAAAUAUUAUUAAUAUAAAACAAUUAAUAUUUUAUCGAAUUGCACAAAUAUUAGAUGAAAAUGAUAGUACACAACGAAUUGAAAUUUAUGAUCAUGAUAAUGAACAAUCAAAUAUGAAUACAACAAAAUAUCGUUUUUCAUCAAAUACACAUUUAACUAAUUGUAGUACAAUUAAAAUAACUAUUAAACGUACAUGGCGUUUAUCAUCUUGUGCUUUAAAAUAUCUUCAAAUUUGGGGAGUUUUAUCAAAUAAUAUUCCAAAUGAAUUACAAAUGAAACUUCAACAAAUUAUUUCACCAACAUCUAAUAAAUCUGAAUCAAACGAUGAUAAAAAUCCUUCGGAAAUAAUCAAUGAAAUCCCAUCAGAAUUUCUUGAUUCUUUAACAUUUGAUUUAAUGUUAAUUCCAAUGUUAUUACCAAGUGGUCAUCUUAUUGAUCGAACAACAUUAGAAAAAUGUAUUGCAGAAGAUAUACGUUGGUGUCGUUUACCACGUGAUCCAUUUACACUUGAAUCAUUUACUGAUAUAACACAACCAGUUGUUGCACAACAAUUAAAAAUUCGUAUUGAUCAAUUUUUAAGUGAACAUCAAAAUGAUCCUAAAUAUCGUCAUUAUGGAAGAUUACUUAAUGCUAAUCCAACAAUAAAUGAUAGAAAUUUAUUUUCAUAUAAAAGAAAAACUUUUGAUGAUAAUGAUAAUCAAUCAAAAAGAAAACGAGAUAAUGAUUAG